UCGAGAGAGUAAUGCCAUGUGAAGGUUCAAGCCACACCUCAACUCUCCUGCUGAAACGAAGGGUCAAAGAUCAAACGCGUGUGUUGGCAAAAAUGAUCAAAACUAUCUGGUUGAGUUGGUGGUUUGGAAGCAAGGAACUAGGCCUACAUUUCUAUCACAAGAAAAUAAUUUAAGUCAAAUCUUUAAUUAUUUAAUUAUUUAUGUUAAGUAUUGUAAUUUAUUUAAAAAUAUAAUAAUUAAAUCGCACUAUAUAUUUAAGAUUAAAAGCGGUCAGAGACAGAAUAUUUUUGAUAUUUUUAGGCGCAGAGGCUUCGGACUACAAUUACCAUGAGCCAUGAAAUGACUUCCGGGUGUCAGUUACGCCACCGGAAGUGUAAAAGUCGUUGAUUGAGCGCCAGCCGUCAGUUGUUUUCGUGUUUUUAAGGAAUAAAAACUGCUGGUGGGGUUUUAUAUCUUCAUUAAUCCUCCCGAACAUGGACGCGGUUCAAAGACACAGAUCCAUGUAUAAAGGCACUACGCCACCAUGGAAAGAGACGUACAGAAAGCGUUGUGUGGAGAGGUUGAAGAACAGCAGGUCCAGGUUACUGGAGAAGUUCCGUCAGAUGGGAGACAGUUCAGACCCAUCCAAGCGAUCUCUGCUGGUGCAGGAGGUGAUGGAAGAGGAGUGGAGCGCCCUGCAGUCCUCCAGCAACGGUCUCCCAUCACUGUGGAAUGGACACGGCAUCAGGGAGGUGUACACCGCCCAGCAGGAGUAUGAUGAACUGUCUGCGUUUGAGGAGAUUCAGCAGGAGCUUAUAGCACAAGAACUUUCUAUCCUAGAGGAAUAUCAGAACAACAUGCAGUAUGAAGAACAUUAUUUAAACUCUAUGUUGGAGAAAAUGGAGCAGAAGGAACAGCUCAUAUGUCCAAUGUGUAAUGCGAAUAUUCUAGCAGUCAACAGUCAUUUUACAUCAUGUCCAUGUGGCCUUUACAUCAACACGAUUGGCAGGAACGUUACAUCUGAAGUAUUACAGAAUCUUCUAGAAAGACGGGUCACAGAGCACAUGGAGGAAUGUCUGUACAAUCCCACGUUCUCCAUGGCCUUCAACACAGACGGCUCACCAAACCUCAUGCUCAGCUGUAAUGUGUGUGAUUAUCUUACAGUUGUACUGUGAGCGGUUCCUCCACAUAGAUCGUCGAUGGAUGCUUUUAAUUGUUUUGAAUUUAAAUUGAUUUUAUUUCUGUGAAAUAAUAAAGAAUUCUUUUAA